GCGCCGCUGGGGGAGGAGCCGCCCGCCGCUCCAGCCCCUUCCCGCGGCGGGCCCGGGGCUCCCCCCGCCGCCGCGCCGAGCCGAGCCGAGGGGCCGGCGAGAGCCGCGGAAGUGCACUUGCUGCAGCCAUUUCUGCUCUUUGUGCGGCCGGCGCCGAGCAUCCCCCGCCGAGCAUCCCGCGGCGCCGGGCACCGCACCCGCGGAGCGCAGCAGGGGAACUGAACAUCUGCAACCAUGACAACCCACGUCACGCUCGAGGAUGCCUUGUCCAACGUGGACUUGCUGGAGGAGCUGCCCCUGCCAGACCAGCAGCCAUGCAUCGAACCUCCUCCCUCCUCCAUCAUGUACCAGGCUAAUUUUGACACAAACUUUGAAGACAGGAACGCCUUUGUGACAGGCAUUGCCCGGUACAUCGAGCAGGCCACGGUGCACUCCAGCAUGAAUGAGAUGCUGGAAGAGGGCCACGAGUACGCCGUCAUGCUCUACACGUGGAGGAGCUGCUCACGAGCCAUCCCUCAGGUGAAAUGUAAUGAACAGCCAAACCGAGUGGAGAUUUAUGAGAAAACAGUGGAAGUUCUGGAGCCAGAAGUCACCAAGCUUAUGAAGUUCAUGUAUUUUCAGCGCAAGGCCAUCGAGCGGUUCUGCAGCGAGGUGAAGCGCCUGUGCCACGCUGAGAGGAGGAAGGACUUUGUGUCUGAGGCCUAUCUCCUCACUCUGGGCAAGUUCAUCAACAUGUUUGCUGUCCUGGAUGAGCUGAAGAACAUGAAGUGCAGCGUCAAAAACGAUCAUUCUGCCUACAAAAGAGCUGCCCAGUUCCUGCGGAAGAUGGCAGACCCCCAGUCCAUCCAGGAGUCCCAGAACCUCUCCAUGUUCCUGGCAAACCACAACCGCAUCACUCAGUGUCUGCACCAACAACUAGAGGUUAUCCCUGGCUAUGAGGAGUUGCUGGCUGAUAUUGUCAACAUCUGUGUGGAUUACUAUGAAAACAAGAUGUAUCUCACCCCCAGUGAGAAGCACAUGCUCUUGAAGGUGAUGGGGUUUGGCCUGUAUCUCAUGGAUGGGAAUGUCAGCAACAUUUACAAGUUGGAUGCCAAGAAGAGAAUCAACCUUAGCAAAAUAGACAAAUUCUUCAAGCAGCUGCAGGUGGUUCCUUUAUUCGGCGAUAUGCAGAUAGAACUGGCCAGAUACAUUAAGACCAGUGCUCACUAUGAGGAGAACAAAUCCAAGUGGACGUGCACUCAGAGCAGCAUCAGCCCCCAGUACAACAUCUGUGAGCAGAUGGUGCAGAUCCGGGACGACCACAUCCGCUUCAUCUCGGAGCUCGCGCGCUACAGCAACAGCGAGGUUGUCACUGGCUCAGGCCUGGACAGCCAGAAGUCAGAUGAGGAGUACAGGGAGCUCUUUGACCUGGCUUUACGGGGGCUGCAGCUGCUGUCCAAGUGGAGUGCCCACGUCAUGGAAGUGUACUCUUGGAAGCUGGUUCAUCCCACAGAUAAAUUCUGUAACAAGGAUUGCCCAGGAACAGCUGAAGAGUAUGAGAGAGCCACCCGGUACAACUACACCAGCGAGGAGAAGUUUGCCUUUGUGGAAGUGAUUGCCAUGAUCAAAGGCCUGCAAGUGCUGAUGGGGCGGAUGGAGAGCGUCUUCAACCAAGCCAUCCGCAACACCAUCUACGCAGCCCUGCAGGACUUUGCCCAGGUCACCCUGAGGGAGCCUCUCCGACAGGCUGUCAGGAAGAAGAAGAAUGUUCUGAUCAGUGUCCUGCAGGCGAUUCGGAAGACAAUCUGUGACUGGGAGGGAGGUCGAGAGCCUCCAAAUGAUCCUUGCCUGAGAGGGGAGAAGGAUCCCAAGGGUGGAUUUGAUAUUAAAGUCCCACGACGAGCUGUAGGACCAUCAAGCACACAGCUUUACAUGGUGCGGACCAUGCUGGAGUCCCUCAUAGCAGACAAGAGUGGCUCAAAGAAGACUCUGAGAAGCAGCUUGGAUGGGCCAAUAGUCUUGGCCAUUGAGGAGUUUCACAAGCAGUCCUUCUUCUUCACCCACCUUCUCAACAUCAGUGAAGCUCUGCAGCAGUGCUGUGACCUGUCCCAGCUCUGGUUCCGGGAGUUCUUCUUGGAGCUGACCAUGGGCCGCCGCAUCCAGUUCCCCAUCGAGAUGUCCAUGCCCUGGAUCCUCACGGACCAUAUCUUGGAAACCAAAGAGCCCUCCAUGAUGGAGUAUGUGCUGUACCCCCUGGACCUCUACAAUGACAGUGCAUACUAUGCUUUGACCAAGUUCAAAAAGCAGUUCUUGUAUGAUGAAAUUGAAGCUGAAGUGAAUUUGUGCUUUGAUCAAUUUGUGUACAAGCUGGCAGAUCAGAUCUUUGCCUAUUACAAAGCAAUGGCUGGCAGUGUGUUACUGGACAAACGUUUCCGGGCUGAAUGCAAGAAUUACGGGGUGAUCAUUCCAUACCCACCGUCCAACCGCUACGAAACGCUGCUCAAGCAGAGGCACGUCCAGUUGCUGGGCAGAUCGAUCGACCUGAACAGGCUCAUUACCCAGCGCAUCUCUGCAGCCAUGUACAAAUCGUUAGACCAGGCCAUCAGCCGCUUCGAGAGCGAGGACCUGACAUCCAUCGUGGAGCUGGAGUGGCUCUUGGAAAUCAAUCGCCUGACUCACAGGCUGCUGUGCAAGCACAUGACUCUGGACAGCUUCGAUGCCAUGUUCCGCGAGGCCAACCACAACGUGUCCGCGCCCUAUGGGCGCAUCACCCUCCACGUCUUCUGGGAGCUCAACUUCGACUUCCUGCCCAACUACUGCUACAAUGGAUCCACCAACAGGUUUGUGAGGACAGCGAUACCCUUCACACAGGAGCCCCAGCGGGACAAGCCUGCCAACGUCCAGCCCUAUUACCUCUACGGGUCCAAGCCCCUCAACAUCGCCUACAGCCACAUCUACAGCUCCUACCGCAACUUUGUGGGGCCGCCUCAUUUCAAGACCAUCUGUCGGCUCCUGGGCUACCAAGGCAUCGCCGUGGUCAUGGAAGAGCUGCUGAAGAUUGUCAAGAGCCUGCUCCAAGGCACCAUCCUGCAGUAUGUGAAGACUCUGAUUGAAGUAAUGCCCAAGAUCUGCCGCUUGCCAAGACAUGAAUAUGGCUCUCCAGGAAUCCUGGAGUUUUUCCACCACCAGUUGAAGGAUAUCAUUGAGUAUGCAGAGCUGAAGACUGACGUGUUCCAGAGCCUCAGAGAAGUGGGCAAUGCCAUUCUCUUCUGCCUCCUUAUCGAGCAGGCUUUGUCCCAGGAAGAAGUUUGUGAUUUGCUGCAUGCUGCUCCUUUCCAAAAUAUUUUGCCCAGGGUCUACAUCAAAGAAGGAGAACGCUUGGAGGUGCGCAUGAAGCGUCUCGAAGCCAAGUAUGCCCCACUUCACCUGGUUCCCCUAAUAGAGAGGCUGGGCACUCCGCAGCAAAUAGCCAUCGCCCGGGAGGGGGACCUGCUGACCAAGGAGCGGCUGUGCUGCGGGCUCUCCAUGUUCGAGGUGAUCCUGACGCGCAUCCGGAGCUACCUGCAGGACCCCAUCUGGCGCGGGCCGCCCCCCACCAACGGGGUCAUGCACGUGGACGAGUGCGUGGAGUUCCACCGGCUCUGGAGCGCCAUGCAGUUCGUGUACUGCAUCCCCGUGGGCACCAACGAGUUCACGGCAGAGCAGUGCUUUGGAGAUGGUCUGAACUGGGCAGGUUGCUCUAUCAUCGUUCUCCUUGGACAGCAACGGCGCUUUGACCUCUUUGACUUCUGUUACCACCUGCUGAAGGUGCAGAGGCAGGAUGGGAAGGAUGAAAUCAUAAAAAACGUGCCCUUGAAGAAGAUGGCCGACAGGAUCAGGAAGUACCAGAUCCUGAACAACGAGAUCUUUGCCAUCCUGAACAAGUACAUGAAGUCAGUGGAAACAGACAGUUCCACGGUGGAGCACGUGCGCUGCUUCCAGCCCCCCAUCCACCAGUCGCUGGCCACCACCUGCUAGUGUGGACACGGACCCUGCGUGGGUUGGGAAGGGAGCAGGGACUGAACCCAAACCAGCUGGGAGGGGUAAUCUUGAUGGUGUGAGGCCUGACAAGGGAGUGAGGCUGGGUCUGCCUCUCCACACGAGGACACAUCUUCCCCUCAGCCCCGUUUGAGUGCAUGUUCCUCUGUCCCAUCCCUGUGAUCGGUUUUUCUCGUAGCUUUCGGACUUGAGGGGGGGUGGGGGUGGGCG